AUGGAAGCUUUUGAAGAGAUAGAAAGUGCUUAUAAAGAAAUAGAAGAUGAAAUAAUAAGAAGUGUUGAUUCAUUAUGCGAUGGUAAUUAUUUGAAAAUAAAAGAUGAGGUAAUUAUGCCGCAUAUGAGUGAUAGCUUAAUUGAGAAAAUAAUAAUAUUGAACAGGCAUAUUAAUGAUAAUAGUAACCCAAAGGAAUUUGAAAAAAAAGUAACGAAUGAAAAGGUUAUGCAGAUAAAUGAUAAAUUAAUAUAUUUAUUGUGUGAUUAUUACAUUAAUAAAAAAGAUAUUGAAAACUUAAUUAAUUUUACAACAAGUAAUGAGAAUUAUUUUAGUGUAUUACCACAAGCCAAAACAGCGAAAUUAAUAAGAAACAUAGUUGAAAAAAUAUCUAAAAAGAUACGUAACAUUAGCACUUUAUACAUAAUAUUUAAAAAGUAUAUGAAUUGGGCAUACGAGAAAAAAAGGAAUUUUCUACGAUGCCGUAUCGAAGUAAAGAUAAUUAUAUUAUUUAUAUUAAAACAAAAAUAUAAAACAGCAUUAAGUUUAAUUGAAAGAUUAUUAAAAGAAGUAAAGAAGGUGGAUGACAAAGCAUUGUUGCUUGAGUUAUAUAUUGUAGAAACCAAAAUAUAUAUGCUACUUAAAAAUUCUACAAAAAUGAAAGCUUCAUUAACAUUUGCUAAGAAUAUAGCUAAUACAAUAAAUACGGCUAUAUAUAUUAAUAGUGAAAUAGACUUGUUAUCUGGAAUAUUAUAUAUAUAUGAAAAGGAUUAUAGAAGUGCAUAUAUUUAUUUAUACGAAUGCUAUGAAACUUUAUAUACAUAUAUAUAUAAUAGUCAGAAUAACACUCUCGAUUUUUUAAGUAAAAAACAUAACGAUUUUUAUUCAGUUAUUAUACAUAAUAUUAUUAAUACUAGUACAAUAUCUUCUCAAAAUAGAACUAAAAGUAUAAGCCAGAUUAGUCCAUUUCUAUUAUCAUUUUAUACCUUUUAUGAAUAUUAUGACAGUAGUAACAGUCUGUUAAAUGUCGAUGAAAUUAAUCUAUUGUCGAAUAAUGUUAAUUUAAUAUAUAGUGAUAUUAUAUGUAAAAAUAGUUCAAGUUAUCAAGAGCUUGAUGAAGAAAAAAUGUAUUGUAUAACUAACCCAAUUGAGUUAAACUAUGAGUUGAUAAAAAAUUUGACAAUAGAUAAUUAUGGAAACUUGCUGGAAUUUACUUCUUCCAAUGCUGGUGACAUGCGUGAAAAUAAUGGUAAUAAGAAUCCCAUUUUCAUUUUCCCUGAAAAUAAAAAUAUAAAUGGUAAUUUUGGCUUAAAUUUAAACAUCGAAAAUUUAAAACUUAUUGUACCUUUGAAAUAUAUGCUACUUUGCAAAAUAUUGGAAGAAAAUAAUAGAAAAGACAUAAAUACCAUUUUAUGUGAAAACAAUAAAUUAAAUUAUAUACCAAAUAAAGAGAUACAAAUAUUAUUAGAUAUAUCUAAAUGUUAUGAAAAUAGAACAUUAGACAUAUUUGAAAAUGUAAUAAAAUACAAUAUUUUCCUUAUCAACAUAGAUAAAGUUAUAUAUAAUUACUUAAAAGAGUUAUACGAAUUGUUGCUAGAAAAAAAUAUAUUAAAAAUUAUUGAAGCAUAUAGUUGCAUUGAUUUAAACUAUAUAGGUCAAAAGUUAAACCUAGAUAUAAAUAAAAUUAUCUCAAAAUUGUCAGAAAUGAUAUUAGAUAAAAAAUUAAAUGGAACACUAGAUCAGAAUGCUGGUAUUCUCAUCUUGUAUGACGAUAUGCCAGAUACAAAAAUGUAUCAAAAUGUUUUAGAAAUAAUAAACAACUUAACCGAGUCUGUCGACAUACUAUAUCAAAAGGCUCAAUUGACCAUAUAA